CAUGUCUAACACCACCUCUACCACCACCAUCUUUCCUACCACUUCUACCACCACCAUCUCCACCACCACCUCUACCACCUCUACCACCACAAUCCCUCAUCUGGACUGUUUCAACGGUGGUGAGCUGCAGAGUGGAGUCUGUAUCUGUCCUGAUGAGUGGACUGGAGAGACCUGUUCAGAGGGGAAUUUCUGCAAUUCCACCAUCAUUGGUGAUUUUUCCUUCCCAAGAACAACGGUUGGCUGGUCUGCUUAUUCAGAAGAGUUGUGUGAUGAGAAGACAACCAGUGCCGGUUUACCAAGAGCCUCAGCAAGAUGUUUGAAUGACACUGGCUCUCCGAUGUUUGGUCCUCCUCACGAGCUGCAGUGUGAAUUAACCCUCAGUGACAUUCAAGGAAAUAUCUCCAGCAGUUCAGGUGAUUUACUACAGUUAGCCUUCAGUACUCAGAUCCUGACCUCCCAACCAGAGCGGCUGUCAGCUGACAACAUCACCACAGCAGCUCAGAUAGCUAACACACUGCUUCUGUCUGCAAAUAUCACAGAGGACAUCGCAGUGGCAGCUGUAACCACCAUCAGUCAGCUGCUGAAUGCCAGUGAGGAGAGUACACAGGAGAGAGACGCUGUCCAAAACCUCACAGAGACCCUGGAGAUGUUUUCCCUGGACCAGCACAGUAAUGUGUCCUUGGUGGUUCAGCCCAACCUGGCAGUCCAGUCUGUCCAAGUACCAAGUGACUCAGUAGGGAUCCAGUUUACUGCUCUGACUGGAAGAUCUGGUAAUUUUGUGGCCAACAGAAUUCAUCUCAACACCAAUACCUCUGAACUGAUAGCUGACAAAGGAGGUUCUACCGAUGUCCAGAUUGUCAUGAAAUUCCCACCAGUUUUACGUAGUAAAAACACAAACUACUCCAUUGGUUUUGUGCUCUACCAAAACGACCGGUUCUUCAGGUCCAGGGCUUUCAGAGCUUCUUCAGGAACCAGGAGAAGGGUCAUCUCUGCUAACCUGGGACAAGUGUCUGGGUUACAUGUUGAGAUGCUCUUCAAGCCCACAGCUGUUCCCAACACCUCCCUCUAUGACUUUGCCUGCGUGUGGUGGAACUACACGUUGAAAGACUGGAGCACUUUUGGCUGCUACAAAGUCAACCACUCAGAAGACGGCCUGCAAUGUUUCUGUAAUCACACCACUAACUUCGCUGUGCUGAUGUCGUUCAGGAGGGAUUUUAAAUACGCUGAAGCGCUAAACUGGAUCACCAUAUUGGGAUGCUCCAUGUCCAUCAUAGGGUUGAGUUUAACAAUAACAUUCCAGAUCGUGACCAGGAAAUCACGCAAAACCAACCCAACGGUCCUCUUAGUGAGCGUCUGCAUGUGUCUCCUGAUCUUCACCCUGCUCUUCAUUUUGGGAGUGGACAACCCUCAUAAACAGCUGGACAAACCUGAAAUACAGGAGGACAACAUUCUCCCCCCGUCCGACAAACACACAGAGCAGGACAGAGGGCCCUGUACUGCAGUGGCGGUCCUGCUACAGUACUUUCUGUUGGGGACGUUCACCUGGAACACGCUGUUCGCCACACAUGUCUUCCUGAUGAUCAGAAACAGCCUGGCCACCAGCCCGUCACACUUCACAGCCUAUACCGUGGCCAUCGGAUGGGGACUGCCUGCGGUUGUGGUGGCCCUCACCUUAGGAAUUAGUUACAGAGUGGAUGAUCCACUGGGUUACAGGCAGGAGGAAUUUUGCUGGCUUGCUGCCCUCGAUCCAACGGGGAACUUUGACUUCAAGCUGCCAAUGUUUUGGGGGUUCCUGAUCCCUGUGGCGUUCAUGCUUAUGUUCAACACAGUGGUGUUGAUAUGUUUUGCAGUUACAACAGGCAAGACCAACCCAAAUUUAACCAGUACAAGACACACAUCGAUGAAGAAGAAGUUCCUCAGUAGCUUCUCUCUGGCUGUGGUGCUCGGUCUCUCCUGGAUCCUGGGCUAUCUGUUGCUCAUCACACAGAACCAGACCAUGUACACCAUACUCAACAUCUCCUUCUGUGUACUCACCACCACUCAGGGCUUGCAGAUUUUCAUUCUGUUCACAGCAAGAACAUCAAUUGUCAAGAAAAUGAUGGCAGAUGCUUUGAAAUCUGUCUCUAGUGUUGAGAUCCCACUUCACAUCAAGAGGUUCAGUCUAUGGCGAGACGAGCGCAGAGAAAAGGUUGAAUCAUACACACAGCUGGACACUGAUCUGUCAACACAUUAACCCUUUAACUGCCACAUCAUUUUUCUUCUGAAAAAUAUGUGUAUUUAGCCUUAAUAUAGGCCAUAAAUAAUUUGUUUUUGAUUGCUAACAUCUCAACCAGCCUGUUCAGUUGCCCAAUUAGGUUAAACUAGUUAUGUAUUGGAUUUUACAUAUGCUUUUUAAAUCAUCUGAAAAUGGUACGUUAAUUAAAGUCAUUCAGUUACUUAUAAUGGAAGACAGGCCAAGAUAAAGGAUGACUGAUAUCAAAUAUGAAUACAAUAUGGUAUAUUUGUGUCAAUAUGUGAGUAUUCAAAUAUAUAUACAUUCAUAUUUACUGUUUAUAUGUUCAUAAUACCUGUAAAAUUACAUGUCCUGAAAACAUUUGUGAAACAAAUUGAACAGGCAGAUUGUAAAUACUGAUAUGAAUAUGAAAAUAUAUUUAUAUUUGCACAGACAAAAAAAUCCCACAACAAUAUUUCUCCAUUCUCCAUAUUAGCUAGCGUUGUCUAAAUAGCAUUCCUUUAAUGGGCAAAUCAACCGCCUGGUAGAGCAUAUUUUCAAGAGUUCCUCAAAUGAAUAAAUAACAUCAAAUAUUAGUAAUUUUAUGAUACCAAAAAUGAUAUUUUAGAGGUCAACAACAUUGUAGAGUCAUAAAGGAGGUAAAGGAGUGCGUGACUGGCUGCAGAGAAGUCAGGCGCAGGAGAGCAGAUGGGUAGCAAACGGAGCCCCUUAUUGAGGCAAACAAAACACGGUACUCAGAAAACUAAACACACACGGGUUACAAUAACCCAGCGCAAACCAGCCUGGAGUACACAUACAUUUACAUAUAACAAUUCCACACACAGACAUGGGGGAAACAGAGGGUUAUAUGCAAUAUGAGUGAUGAGGGGAUGCAAACCAGGUUUGCGGGAAAACAAGACAAAACAAAUGGAAAAUUAAAGGUGGAUCGGCGAUGGCUAGAAGACCAGUGACGUCGACCGCCGAACGCCGCCCGAACAAGGAGAGGGACCGACCUCGGCGGAAGUCAUGACAAUAUAUCCCAUUUUAUACACAAUUAGUACUGGAAAUGUGUGAUUAAUCAGGUUCAGUUUUGCUCACGUUCACGUCUUGGUUUUUAACCAUCUUUGAAUGUAUGUGUAAAAAUCUAGUCCAAUAAUUAAAACCACAUGACCAUUUUACUAAAUGGCAUUACUCACAGAUUGAUUGGCUGCAAGUUCAACCUCUGUCAAUGUCUCAUAGACCUCCAUUAUUGCCUAUAGUAAUAUACACAUCAUUUAUAUAUAUCAAAAGUGUUAUUAUUGCCCAAUAAUGUUUUGGCUAUGUACAUGUUGGUAAAUUGACAUUGUUGGGUUGGUAAACCAAGACAGGCUGAGUCUGGGAUGCACAACCAGGUCAAGCUGGAAGAAAGCAGAUCCAAAGGAGUGAUGUGGUGCAGAGGGAGAUAUGAAACAAGCGUGUCAGAGGGAGGUAUGAAUGGCUGAGGAAGAAAGCAGGGAGGUAUGAAACACUGAAGAAGAAAGCAAGCGUGUCAGAGGGAGGUAUGAAAGGCUGAGGAAGAAACCAGGCAUGUCAGAGGAAGGGAUGAAAGGCUGAGGAAGAAAGCAGGCAUGUCAGAGGGAGGUAUGAAAGGCUGAGGAAGAAAGCAGACAUGUCAGAGGGAGGUAUGAAUGGCUGAGGAAGAAAGCAGAGAGGUAUGAAACACCGAAGAAGAAAGCAAGCGGGUCAGAGGGAGGUAUGAAUGGCUGAGGAAGAAAGCAGGGAGGUAUGAAACACUGAAGAAGAAAGCAAGCAUGUCAGAGGGAGGUAUGAAUGGCUGAGGAAGAAAGCAGGGAGGUAUGAAACACUGAAGAAGAAAGCAAGCGUGUCAGAGGGAGGUAUGAAAGGCUGAGGAAGAAAGCAGGCAUGUCAGAGGGAGGUAUGAAAGGCUGAGGAAGAAAGCAGGGAGGUAUGAAACACUGAGGAAGAAAGCAAGCGUGUCAGAGGGUGGUAUGAAAGGCUGAGGAAGAAAGUAGGGAGGUAUGAAACACUGAGGAAGAAAGCAAGCGUGUCAGAGGGAGGUAUGAAAGGCUAAGGAAGAAAGCAGGCAUGUCAGAGGAAGGGAUGAAAGGCUGAGGAAGAAAGCAGGGAGGUAUGAAACACUUAGGAGGAAAGCAAGCGUGUCAGAGGGAGGUAUGAAAGGCUGAGGAAGAAAGCAGACAUGUCAGAGGGAGGUAUGAAAGGCUGAGGAAGAAAGCAGGCAUGUCAGAGGGAGGUAUGAAAGGCUGAGGAAGAAAGCAGGCAUGUCAAGGUUGUAGCCAUAAAAAAAACACAGCAGCUGGACAUGCUGGGGGAGUGUGAGAGAGUGGUCACUCACCUGGAACAUGGAAAGGCAGCGGAUUAAGUUUCUGCUUUGCUCUGUGUACAAUGUUUUUCCCACACCAACAAACCUUCACACGUGGGGGUUGGCAGACAGCCCAGACAGCUGCACGCUAUGUGGACAACCAGCCGAUCUGAAGCAUAUGCUUUCCUUCUUC